AUGGGUCCCAAGAAUAAAUCAAGUAUUCCUGACGAUAAUCAAUUAAGUAGUGACGACGUUGAAAUGGUUUCCCCAAUUCAUGACCCAUACAUUGGUCUUCCACUGGAGCAAUUCCGGAAACAACAACAUACCCGGAUUGAGUGGGAGACACACUCCAAUAUCAUUUUGAAAGGAGCAUUAGAACCCUGGGAUAACAAAAAGGGUAAACAGUUUGAUGGUACAGAAAAAGUCGAAAUCUUUGAAGCUGCUUUCCAAGCAUUUCCAGGAAUUUAUGAAUACACUAAGAAUCCAAGUGGUGGUUUCCAGGUUAUGCGUGAUAUGAACGUCAAUUACACGAAUGAUGCUGAAAAGAAUUUUAUUGCUGAACAUAUCAAGUCCAUCCAAAAUUCUAUUGUUAAAGCAAUUAUUAGUCGUAUUUUGUUUAAGGCAAAAGCUCCUGAAACCCUCGAAGAAAUGAUUGACUACUACGAAAAAUUGUGCAAAAAGGUCGCUCCUGAACUAUUGUUCAGUUACUUUGAGCGUUUGGUGUCACACUAUUUAAGUGUAGACGAGCCAAAGUUAACUGCUCCUACAACUUUAAUGAAUAGGUUGAGGAGUCCAGGCCAAUUGAUUCUCAAUGAGUCAAUUGCAAGAUUUUGCAGUCAUUUGAAUUCUGGAAUAGUUACACAGUUCCAAAUGUUUUACAAAUACAAAGCAAUAGCUAUGAGAUAUUGUGGGUACAUUGUUGGUCAAAUGAAUGACGUCCGCAAUGGUAAGCCUUUCGAUUAUGAUCGUCUUACAAAUGAAAUAGAUUUAGACCCUGUUAUUGAACAAACUGUUACUGAGAGACAUAAAGAAGAAAUUGCAAGAAUUAAAAGCAACAACUCAGUUCAGAAUCUGGUCAAUUCGAUGUAUAAUACACAUCAAAACAACAAUAACUCAAACUAUUAUAACAAUAAUGAUAAAAACAACAAAAAUAAUAAAAAUUACAAAAAUAACAAAAAUAAAAAUAACAAAAAUAACUACAAUAAAAAGGGAAAAGUAUCUAAAGUUAGUAACGAGACUUCUGACUACGAAAAGUUAAAAAGAGAUUUAGUACGCAUGAUGGAUGAUUUGCGGAAAGAAAAGGAAUAA